ACCUGUAUGUAGAAACGAUAAAACAUCUUUGUGUACGAGCCUGAAGAAUAUUUAACGGCGCUUCCGCUUGGAGCCGAGUCGAAUGAUCGAGUCUUUCGGUGCUGAUAUUCCUUUUAUGAUCCGUCGUAAAAUAUGGAGAAUCGGUCGAUUUCGAAGAAAAGGAAGUUCGUAGGCGACGGUGUUUUCAGGGCCGAGCUUAACGAGUUCUUGACUCGUGAGCUCGCCGAGGAUGGUUACUCCGGCGUGGAGGUCCGUGUGACGCCUAACCGGACGGAGAUUAUAUUGUUAGCCACCCAUACACAGAGCGUACUCGGCGAGAAGGGACGCCGAAUCAGGGAGCUAACGUCUGUGGUGCAAAAGCGUUUUAACUUCAAGGAGCCGCAGAACGUUGAAUUGUACGCCGAAAAAGUCGCCGUCCGCGGAUUGUGCGCGAUCGCGCAGGCAGAGUCACUUCGGUACAAGCUCAUCGGAGGUCUGGCUGUUCGAAGGGCGUGCUAUGGAGUUCUUCGCUUCAUCAUGGAAUCAGGUGCCAAAGGCUGCGAAGUGGUUGUUAGUGGGAAAUUGCGCGGUCAGAGAGCGAAAUCGAUGAAAUUCGUCGAUGGUCUCAUGAUCCAUUCCGGUGAACCAACCAACGAAUAUGUGAACACUGCGACCCGCCACGUACUGCUCCGACAAGGUGUACUGGGGAUCAAAGUAAAGAUUAUGCUCCCGUGGGAUCCCGUCGGUAAGACUGGUCCGAAGAAGCCUCUUCCCGAUUAUGUAUCUAUCGCGGAACCUAAGGAUGAGAUUCCCCCAAUGCAGCCGAAUUCCGAGGUGAAGCCGACAAAAGACAUGCCUCAAGCUGCCCCUCUCGCUGUGUAAUGACAUUUGAAUAAUAAAUAAAUACAGAAAAUCAGA